CCUUAGUCGUUUUGCGCUUAUUCUAUUCAAACUAUGCUCCUGUCUUGUCGAGGACAGUCACGGAUUUCUAAAGGUGGUGAAGGAUUUUGAGCUUAAAUUGUUCUUUAUAUGAUUCGUUCUUCGUGCGGAUUUAAAUUCGUCAGCAAUGAUGAAGUCUAUAUUCGCCUUUGUUCUCUCUUGGGGAUUUAUUAUAUUCAUUCUUUGGAUCAACGUCGCCCAUGGAGAUAUGAGCUAUUCUUUCCAGGAGGAAAUGAAACGCGGAUCAGUUAUUGGAAAUAUCGCCAAGGAUCUCGGGCUGCAAAUAGAUGCGCUGUCCAAAAGAAGAGCCCGCAUUGAUACCGAGGAGACGGAUAAACGUUACUGUGACAUAAACCUGAAGAAUGGGGAGCUGAUCGUGGCCGAAAGAAUCGACCGAGAGGAGCUGUGUGAUGAAAAAGCUUCAUGCAUCUUAAAACAAGAGCUAGUUUUGGAAAACCCACUCGAGCUGCAUCGGAUCAGCCUCCAUGUUCAAGAUAUUAAUGAUAACUCCCCGCAGUUCAACGAAAAGAUGAUCCUUAUUGAAAUUCGAGAGUCGACAGACAGGGGAGCUCGCUUUAUUAUCGAGGAGGCGCACGAUGAGGAUGUAGGACAAAAUUCAGUUCAGCAGUACAGCCUCGAAAAGAAUGAAAAUUUCAUUUUAGCCGCUAAAGGAAACACUGUGGAGCUUGUUUUAGAUAAAGAGCUUGAUCGUGAAAAACAGAAGGAAAUUAAUUUACUCCUCACAGCUUUAGAUGGUGGAUCUCCUCAGAGAUCAGGUACAGUGGUCAUACAUGUAACUGUGCUGGAUGCUAAUGAUAACGCCCCAGUGUUCAGUCAGGCCGUUUAUAAAGCCAGUCUGCCUGAAAACUCUCCAUUAGAUACUGUAGUGGUUACAGUGAGCGCAACUGAUGCAGAUGAGGGAGUGAAUGGAGAAGUCACUUAUGAUUUUGGACAUAUUAAUGAGGAAGGGAGGAAGAAGUUUGCGAUUGAUCGUAAAUUUGGAAAAAUAAGUUUAAUUGAUGCUGUAGACUAUGAGAUCACAAAAUCAUAUGAAAUCCGCAUUAAAGCAAAGGAUGGUCUGGGGCUGUCAUCUUAUGCUAAGGUUAUUAUUUCUAUUACUGAUGUGAAUGACAACGCCCCUAUAGUGAGUCUGAAAUCACUGACCAAUCCCAUACCAGAAGACACCCCAGCUGGUACAGAGGUUGGCAUCAUUAAUGUACAGGACAGAGACUCAGAGAAUAAUCGACAGGUCCACUGCUCCGUCCAACAAAAUGUCCCUUUUAAAUUAGUUCCUUCGAUCAAAAACUAUUAUUCUCUGGUGACCACAGGAAACCUGGAUCGUGAACUAGUGACUGAUUACAAUAUUACAAUUACUGCUACUGAUGAGGGCUCUCCACCUCUGUCCUCUUCUAAAACUUUCCAGUUAUCUGUAGCUGAUAUUAACGAUAACCCACCUGUGUUUGAGGAACAGUCCUAUAGUGCAUAUAUUAAUGAAAAUAACAAACCUGGCUCCACUUUAUGUUCUGUUUCUGCUCGAGACCCAGACUGGAGACAAAACGGUACAGUGGUUUAUUCUCUGUUACCUGCUGAGGUGAACGGUGCUUCUGUGUCAUCUUAUCUAUCUGUUAAUGGAGACACAGGGGUGAUCCAUGCUGUGAGGUCAUUUGAUUAUGAACAGUUCAGGAGUUUUAAAGUCUACGUGAUGGCCAGAGACAAUGGUUCUCCUCCACUCAGCAGUAAUGUGACCAUCAGUGUAUUCAUAUCGGAUGUGAAUGACAACUCUCCUCAGAUUCUCUACCCCACCCUGGAGGGCAGCUCCUUCAUGACUGAGCUGGUCCCUAAAGCUGCACAUGGAGGCUCUCUGGUCUCCAAAGUCAUAGCAGUGGACGCAGACUCUGGACAGAACGCCUGGCUGUCCUAUCAUAUAGUCAAAGCCACUGAUCCUGGACUUUUCAGCAUUGAUCUGCACAGUGGAGAGAUCAGGACACAGCGGGACAUUUUAGAAUCUGACAGCAUGAAACAGAACCUGAUUGUUGCAGUGAAAGAUAACGGACAGCCCUCUCUGUCUGCCACCUGUUCCAUGUAUUUACUUAUUUCUGAUAACUUGGCUGAGGUGCCAGAACUGAAAGAUAUCUCUUAUGAUGAAAAUAACUCCAAAAUGACAUCUUAUCUGAUCAUUGCACUGGUUUCUGUGUCCACCUUCUUUCUGACCUUCAUCAUCAUCAUCCUUGGUGUGAGGUUUUGUCACAGACGAAAGCCCAGACUGUUGUUUGAUGGAGCAGUUGCCAUCCCUGGAGCUUAUCUGCCCCCAAACUACUCAGAUGUUGACGGAACAGGAACCUUACACAGCUCCUAUAAUUAUGACACCUACCUAACAACGGGAUCUAGAACCAGUGACUUUAAGUUUGUGUCAUCUUACAAUGACAGCACGCUUCCUGCUGACCAGACUCUGAGGAAAAGCUUAAGUGAUUUUGUUGAGGCCUUUGGAGAACAGGAUGCAUGCUCAGAGGUAUGAAGACAUUCCUAAACAUUUUAAUGCAGCUAUCCCCAGUCACCAAAUCUGUUCUGUGUUCUUAUUGUGCUGUCCUUUCAAUUGGUACUCCAUCAUCUUUCAGUUUCAAACGUUCAUUUGAAAGUUAUUCUUCAUAAUAAAAUGCAUUUAUAGCUAUAAAUGUUUAUAAAGUUAUUUUCCCUUUUGUCUGUUUUAUAGCAAUAUGCUGGUAAAUUGUCCAGUGUGUACUCUAACUCAAUUACUGUUGUUGUUGGUCACCAGCUCCUUCUGAUCCUGCAAAGAUGAAUUCGUUUAAAUUGAUUUUUAUUUAUUUAUUCUAUUUUAGUUUGAUUAUUGAUUCAUAAUUUGUAUUUGACUUUUAAAUAUAUUUUGGAGAGGAUUUUGCCAUUUUGAGGUUUCUUUUAUGUAUGAUAUUUUUUUCUUCUUAUUGGUCUUACAUCUUCAUCGUAUACACAUUAUAUUAAUUUACUAUAUUUCUUUUAUUGCUUCAGUCAAUAUCCUGAUAAACCAUUCUUCAUUAUUAUGUUGGAAAUCCGAACAUCAUCUGUAUCUUGUGUUUUUUAAGAUUUGUUUCCUAGCUUAUCUUCAACCUCAUAACCUUUUAGUCUGUUUGUUGAAACAUUUUUUCUUCAGGCACUCAUUUUCAUGUUAGUUUAAAAAUCCACAUGUGCUGAAUAGCU